CGUCAAAAUGCCCGCAUACUUGUAGUCUCGGCAGCUAGUUAGAUCACACUUCUGGCACAUCGCGGGGGGGGGGGUCGUUAAACUGGCUUCAGAGAUGGAUACCCCCACGAGACGGUCGACCAGACAGUCUUCAAGAAAAGCGCUACAUGUGGAACCGACGCCUAGAGGUCCCCUCAAGAGGACGAGAGCUGCAGUCCACGAUGCGGACACAGCCGUGAACGGUUCCCGAGACGACGUGAAUGCGUCUGGAGAUCAAGGGUCGCCCAGCAAGAUGGCUAGACAGGAGACCGAAGUAGCAAAGGAUGAUAGUGGCGACACAGAGGAGAUGGACUAUCUGGCUGCAGAUGAAACUGGGGAGAUAAACGAAGACCAAGAAAUGAUUCCUGAAGAAGAUUUUCUUCAUUUUGUCCAUCAACCGAAGAUAAGCUUAGAUUCCUUGGGUAAACCUGCUAUCACAGGCAAGAAGUUAGAGCCAUAUGUGAUGUUAGAGAACAUAGAGCAUUGCCAAGCCAUCCACACCAAAGAGCCGGACAUGGGCAGGAUGUCCAAGAGCAGUAACAAAACUUUUGAACAUCCCCAGAAAAAGGCUGCAUCCAAGUCUGCGCCCCAGCUCAGAGACCAAAAGGAUGAGACUCAGACUUCAGUUCCUGAGCCCACCAGUUUCGGAGAGCACCACAACGAAAAGCCCAGAACCACUGGAAUUCCCCAUGUCCCCAGUAGGGGAGGGACUCUGCCCCUCUCCCAGCAGCAUGCCCAUGAAUUGUCACCACCAGUACGACAACGUACUACACGUUACGUGUAUGUGCAACCACAAACUGCUCCGCCGAAAAGCCAUGGUGUAAAUAAACCUGCUAUGAACAAGGGAAAUAUUGGGUCUUCAAGAGGGUUCAUGUACCUAUGGAUGGUGGCUGUCCUGGUGCUGCUCAGCUGUGCUGCUCUCCUGGCCUACAAGAACAUUCCUGCAAUACUCCACACAAAGCCUAGGUCUGUGGAGCCAGGAGCGUUUGUGGCCCAGUUUUCUGCACUGGAGUCUCGUUUUCCUGGCCAGCACGCAGAGCUGUGGAGGAGGAGCAGGAUCCACCUGGAGAAGCACCUCCUCACAGCCCACCCCACAGAGCCAGUCAGCCUGAUGCUGACUGCCGGCCAUGGGGCUGAAAGGACUCUGCUCUGCCUGGCUAAAGGCCUGGCCUCCGCUUUUUCCUCCGCCCUCAAUGCCUCCGUCCUCCACAUUUAUGGAGCCACCAAAGCCAACCAGGACAGCGACAAGGUUAAGCUGGACAUCGACCGCGAGUUGGAGGAAGCCUUCCAGGGCGACAAGGCAGUGGCUGUCAUCCAUCGUUUCGAGGAACUUCCUCCAGGCUCCACCCUCAUCUUCUAUCGCUACUGUGACCAUGAGAACUCAGCCUACAAACGAGUGUUCCUGGCCUUUACCGUGCUUCUCCCUCAGGAGGCAGUGGAUAGGCAGCAGAGUCUACAAGAUGUGGAGGAAAUGGUGCAAAAUUACAUCGAGGAGAGAUUUGUCCAGUCUGGCAUACAGACGGCCUUUAACAGGAUGGAUGCGGAUAAGUUGAGUGGACUGUGGAGCCGCAUCUCUCACCUCAUCCUACCGGUGACAGCUGAGAAAAACAUUGAGCAGAAUGGAUGCUGAUGGGUGGUCCUGGUGACUUGAGUCUGAAGUUUGCCUGAAUAAGGAAGCCUGGCACUAUUUUCCUUCAUCCAGACUUCCUUCCGUAAGGUGCACAAAGAGUGGGCAAUGGAGAACAGGGACAGUAUGGAAAUUUACAUUUUGUGUAGUAAAACCCCCACAGAACAGCUGGCAGAUGUUUGGAGGAUGCAUCUGUGCCAGUCUCACAGAUUAUGAAUAUACUGCCAGUUGUAAGUCCUUGUUAAGAUUCAUUCCAGAAACACUUCAGCUGAGCUGAUUAUUCACCUCUGACAGUGGAACAGCAACUUUGGUCACCCAAGAAGAUACUUCCAAAGGAAUUAAAAGAGCAACAGGCAUUUUAAUGUUUUAGGUUACGGUCACACACGCGUGGAAUUAACAUUGGCGAUUAUUACCCUUCCAUUCACUUCCAUUCUGUGGGAGUGAAGGGGCAAAUGAAACAUUCACUUCUGGUGGCGAAAGAAAUUUGCGUCUUUGCUUCGCGUUGAGUUCAACUUUGGUGAACUUCGACCAGCGAAUCCGCAGCCUCAACCAGUAGCAAAGAAGUGUGUGUGGUUGACCCCACUUGGCUGUAAUUUUCUUAGUGAGCCAGGGUUGAGAUUGAUAGCUUCACUUUGCCUCUAUCUCUAUUUUUUUUUCUUCCCUUUUUUCUCCAGCAUUUAUACUUGGCUGGCCAAUUACCCCACUCUUCUGAGCCAUCCCGGUCGCUGCUCCACCCCCUCUGCCGAUCUGGGCAGUGCUGCAGACUACCAUAUGUCUCCUCCAAUACAUGUGCAGUCGCCAGCCGCUUCUUUUCACCUGACAGUGAGGAGUUUCACCAGGGGGAUGUAGUGCAUGGGAGGAUCACGCUAUUCCCCCGUUCCCUGACCGACCAGAGGAGGUGCUAGUGCAGCGACCAGGACACAUACCCACAUCCGGCUUCCCUCCCACAGACAUGGCCAAUUCACCGUUUUCCUUAUUCAGCGCACCUUCAAUGCACUGUGGUACAAGGUUUAUAGGACGUGCGCCAGAUUGUAAACAAACACGCGUUCAGUACUGUUAUCAGCUGUUAUGUUACUUUGAGACCAGGUUUAAGGUGCAUCAGAAUUUAAACAAAAGACCAAUUUCCAAGCCGAAGUCUCUAAAAAAAGUUUUUAAAAAAAAACCCACUCAGAAUCAUAGAAGGUCUUACAAUUAAAUCAACUUAAUUUUACUUUUUAUAUUUUUACCCUAUUGGUCAGCUAUCAAAGGUGGUAGUAUAUUUGUAAGAUGAGAGCAGACAACCAAAAUUUUAUUUAAAUCAGGGGCCAUAGAAAUAGGAAAAACAGUUUUCAAAACACAAAAUGUUUUUGUCCUCCUGAUAGCUCUCAGCAUGCACCCUUACAGAGGCUGUUCGUCGUGUCUCUGUCUCUUCUUCGGUGGUAAGGGAUGCAUUAUCUCUCAGGAGGGUGGAAUGUUGAGGUAUGUCUUUGGUGGUAAAUUGGUCCUGUAUUGUGAAGCCCUAGUCUGCCAUAACAGAAUCACCCUCUGCAAGAAGCCGCAAGAUUCCAGAAUCUUUUGUAAUAGCCUUGUCACUGCAACAGCCAGCAUACAGGUCUGAGACAAAGGUAACAGCUCCUGACGGUGCAAUUCCUGUAAGUCCCUUAGCUGUAUUGUGAUGCUUGUAAUUUGAGUAGCUUUCACUUUGCGAUCUCAAAGAACUUGGCAUUUCAAUAAAUAUUUCUGGAGCAUCAACGAUAACCCUAGUUGAUGGGUGUGUCUCUUUGAAAAAUAUGUGAGAUCUCAACCCUCCCUGGAUGGCCAUAUUGGAAAGGUUCAAAAUCUUUCAUGAAGGAAGUCUAUCCAGGUUGUGAAGAUGCAUGAGAAGGGACUUACAGAAAUUCCUGCCCUGCUUGCAAUAUCUUCCUCUUACAUUCCACAUCGCAAUCUUGCCAAUGUAAGGAAAAACUCUUGAUCAGGGGUUAAGAAAUGUUUUGGUCCACGCUUGCAUGAAUCUUCAGUUAACCUUUCCACAUUGGUGUUUGAGUGGUGAUAUCAACAGCAGGUCCAAAGGAGUCAAACAGUAUUUUGAAAGUCUCAUAAUCUGCAAGUCCUGUAUUAAAAUGAAACUUUUUUGUCAUGCUUAUAGUUCUCAACAGAAAAUGAUGACCCGAAGACAUGUUGGUUCAAGGUCUUGACCUCUCCUCUCAGCUGAGAUAUCACACUGGUUGAAGCUCCCACUUUCAAUGCAUGCUUGGCUUUCAGUUCUCCGAUCUGUCUUUGUAAUGCUUGCACUGGAUCCA